AAAAAUGUGCUCGAAAUCUGAAAAAAAUCUAUCCGUGAUCCGAAAAAAUUUCGCUCGCGCAGGAAAAAGUCUGUAAAAAUCUGCACACAUUUCAAGAAAAUCUGCGCAAAUAUAAGGAGAUUCUGACAAAAAUCUGCAGAAACGUGGAAACACUGCAAAUAUCUGCAAAUCAAUAAAUAUCUGCACACGGACUCCAAAAAUCUGCGUUUUGCAGACAAAUCUGCACAUUUGGUAUCACUGAUAAGGGCCCGAAUAGACACACGGUGUGACAACCCCUGAUGAAAAUUGUCAGUACCUACACGUUGUAUUGUUUUGCACGCUAUGAAUGUCAAAACAAAACGAAGAUGGCGAACCAAAUAAACACGCUUCAAACGCAGACAAAUAUUUUUCCGGAUGAAGUCAUACCUAUUCUAGAGCAACACGGAAUUUAUCCGACGGACACGACAGCGGCAAUAAACUUAUUAACCGAACUCAAUAUUGCUUCUAUCCAAGAAACCGACGAGGAGAUUGUGGUCAUUUUUAACCCGUCGAAAACAUUAGUGUCUUGUGUAAUUCAAACGGACGAGGCUCUGGCCGAUGCUGAUCUAAAGGUACUGUAUAACUUUCUGAUGAAGAUUAUUUGUAGUUAUAAGGUUUAAUAAAAUAAUAAAGGUAACAAUAAGGACCAAAAUUUAAACAAA